GCCAACGCCCACGUGACGUGUGUCGACCAUUAAUUGGAUCACCAUGAAGGAGAAAGCUCAGGAGAAAGAAAAGGCGAGAGAAAAAGCGCCUGGCAAAUACUACUCACAUCUUGUGACCUUCAAGCAGCCAUGGGAGGAAUUCGUCCAAGCUCUAUGGCAGCGCUACCCUAAUCCAUACAGCAAGCACGUGCUUACUGAAGACACAAUCUCAAGGUGGACCAAGGGACGCCAACUGUUUACCAAGCGAUUGAUAACUAAGACAAACCCUAUACCAAAGUGGGCAGAGAAAGCUUUAGGUGACAAGAAAGCUGUCUUUAUUGAAGAAUCUAUUGUCAAUUCAGAGACUAAAACAUUUGUGACGUACAAUCGUAACAUUACACAGACAAGAUUCAUAACAAUGGUAGAGAAAUGCACUUACAGAAUAUCACCGGAUAAUCCUAAAUGGACCUCCUGUUUUAAGGAAGCCUGGAUUCAAUGCAAAGUAUACGGGUUGUCUCGUGUUGUAGAAAAGCUCAGUAUGGAGAGAUACAAGUCAAAUGCACGGAAAGCAGAGCUUGGAAUACAGUUUAUACUUGACAAGAUGUUCAACACUGCUAAUCAAGUUGUGCAAACUAUUAAAGAUAACCUUUGAUGGCUUAGUUGAAAUUAUAGAGAAUAAAUUUUUAUUUAAUGUA